AUGAGUGUCUUGGAGGGGCUCAGAGCUCAGUCUGCGCAGCUGCAUGAAGCUUUGCGUAAUACUGAUGCAGCUUACGAUCAACAGAUCCGUCAGCACGUGGCCUCUUUGAGAGAAGCUGUAUCUGCCAAGUAUCUAGGCGACUUGGCCCGAGACGAGUCCUUGUUGGAUCAUAUUGAUCCGACUGCAGAUUCCCUGCUGUAUCUUUAUAUACUUCGCGCCCAAAUUGAGAUCUUCCAGGAAGAAAGUCGUCAAUCUCUACCGGCCGUUUUGCUUCCAACAGGCUGGCUGUGGCCCAAAAUCGUAUCAUAUUUAAAAUCUUUCAAUCCAGUGCAAUCACGAUAUGUGGGUGAAGAAUGGCGUCAGGUAGUCGAACUCGUGGCACAGAUUGCACAGGCCUCUUCGCAGCCACUUUUGGCAGCACGUGUAAUUAGAGAUGCAAUGCUCCGACUCGACCCAUCGUGUACUGUCUUAACAUCGACGCACCUCGUUCUGGUCCGUCUAUGUUUGCGCGCAAGGGCAUAUUCCUGUGCGCUGCCAGUUUUGGACAAAUAUGUCUGCCACUUUCCUUCCUCACAGCCCGGGGCUGGUGCCGGCUUUGCCCCCUUUCUUUGCGCCUCGCAUGACUCAAGCUUGUCCUUCGUCACAGAGAAGUCCGGGCUCUCGGCCAAAUUGACCUACAAGGACCAUCUGCAAUACUACCUUUACGGUGGAAUGAUUUACAUGGCACUAAAGCAGUGGACGAAGGCAAUUCACUUUCUUCAGAUUGUUAUCUCGAUGCCAACAACUGGGUCUGUCAGCAUGAUCAUGGUGGAAGCGUACAAAAAGUGGAUCUUGGCGAAUUUAUUGGAGAAAGGCAAGUUACCGUCCACCACGAACUUGAUGGUCACGAGCCAUUCGCGGGUCUAUCAGUCACUGGCCAAGCCAUACGUGAGCUUAGCUCAAGCUUUUGAAAGUGGGGAUCUCAAGCGCAUAGAGGAAGAAAUUGAGGCCGCUCGGGACGUGUGGCGCGCUGACCAUAACCUGGGUCUUGUCUCUCAGGUGCACUGUGCCUACAUCAAACACAUGGUUGAACGCGUCAAAAAGACGUUUGCUGCCUUGACCGUUGACGAGCUUUUGCGUCAAUCACCUUCUAUGCAGGUCAGCAAUCAGGUAACCGAGUCCACUAUUGCCUCGUUGAUCAUGUCAGGAGCCGUGUCGGCGACAUUGGUUCAACCUUCGGAUCCCACCAAGUCAACAAUGGUGCGAUUUACAGAGAGCCGGUCCUCGAUUCGACUAGUGCACGAGAGAGAGGUACAGCUCAGCCUCGCUAGAGAGGGCCAAGCUCUACGGACACUCUCAAAAAGCUUGGGUGACCUCGACAGUCAAUUGGGGCUCAGCAAUGAAGUCAUCGAUAGCUUGAAGAGGAGUCAGGCUUGGACAGCUGUCGGCGAGCCUCGACCAGGGACUUCCGAAGAUGCUGGGGUGGAUAUGGACGAGGAUUUGAUGGGCGAGGACGCAUGA